CGCUUUUACAUCAAUGCGAGUGCCACAGAUCCUGGGGAUUCCCCUUUGUUUUUCGAACCAAGGAGGUAAUCUCUACAAUUGGUUAUUGCUGCUGAGAUUUGCAACGUAUUAUCAUGCUUCGGGUCGCGGGUUCAACUUUAAAUCAGUCCUUGCGAGUAGCAAGACGUACAUUUUCCACAACUUCCGUCAAAGCUUCCGAUUUACUGGUCGACCAACCUGAGUUUGAAUGGUUGAAAGAGUUGGGUUUAAAAUCCGACAAUGAAGGCGUUUUCGAUGGCACGUGGAGAAAAGGAAAAGGACCUGUUGUGACUUCUCUCUGUCCGACAAAUAACCUUCCAAUCGCAAGAGUUUCUACUGGAAAUGUAGAUGAUUACUCAAGUGUGAUUAGGAAUUGUCGUGAAGCAUGGAAGGUGUGGGCGGAUGUACCUGCUCCUCACAGAGGAGAAAUUGUGCGACAGAUCGGUCAUGCUUUGAGAGAGAAAAAGAUUUUGUUGGGAAACUUGGAAGCAUUAGAGGUUGGAAAGAUAGCUGUUGAAGGAGCAGGUGAAGUCCAGGAAUUUAUUGAUAUUUGUGAUUAUGCUGUUGGGCUGUCUCGUAUGUUGCCUGGACAAGUGUUCCCAUCAGAACGUCCAGGUCAUGCGUUAAUAGAAAAUUGGAAUCCAGUUGGUGUGGUUGGUAUUAUCACUGCUUUCAAUUUCCCAGUAGCAGUGUAUGGUUGGAACACAGCUAUUGCAUUAACAUGUGGCAACUCUGUUAUAUGGAAACCUGCUCCCACCGUUAACCUUUCAACAAUCGCAACUCAAAGGAUUAUGGAACAAGUUUUAGUUGAAAACGAUCUUCCUCCUGCUGUGUGCUCUCUCAUCUGCUCUGGAUCGGAUGUUGGGGAGAAGAUGUCCCACGAUCCCCGCAUCGAUCUUCUUUCAUUCACAGGAAGCACGGCUGUUGGGAGGAAAGUGGGAGUAGCGGUCCAGGAGAGAUUCGGACGGAAGAUUCUAGAACUUGGAGGAAAUAAUGCCAUCAUAGUAUUAGAGGAUGCUGAUCUGGACAUGGUAACAGUUGGUUCAUUGUUUGCAAGCGUUGGUACACAAGGUCAGAGAUGCACAAGUGCUCGUAGAUUGAUUCUGCACGAAUCAGUUUAUGAUUCCGUGCUUAAUAAACUGAAGAAAGCGUAUGGCCAAGUAAGGAUUGGUAACCCUCUGCAUGAUGGAGUGUUGUAUGGUCCAAUGCAUAAUCAGGCAGGUGUGGAUCUUUUUCAAGCAACGGUAGAAAAAGCAAAGAAAUUUGGUGGAACAAUAGAGUAUGGUGGGAAUGUGAUGGACGGCCCUGGGAACUUUGUUGAGCCGACAAUUGUCACAGGGCUCACCCAUGACUGCCCCCUAGUGCUUGAAGAGUCGUUUGUUCCCGUUUUAUACGUCUUGAAGUUGGAAGGUGAUCUCGAUAGCGCUAUCCAGUGGAACAAUGAAGUCGAUCAAGGUCUCACAAGCAGCGUGUUCACUCAAAGCUUGUCAAAUAUUUUUAAAUGGAUUGGACCAAAAGGUUCUGACUGUGGAAUUGUCAAUGUAAACAUUCCAACCAGUGGAGCGGAAAUAGGCGGUGCGUUUGGUGGUGAAAAGCACACUGGUGGCGGUAGAGAGUCUGGUUCUGAUGCAUGGAAACAAUAUAUGCGACGAUCGACAUGCACAAUCAACUACAGCAAAGAUCUCCCCUUGUCUCAAGGAAUCAAGUUUGACUGAUCAAAUGUUAAAAACAUGAAAUAUUUUUUCUGUGCCUUGUUUUUUUUUAUAAAUCAGUUUAAACUAUCAUGCCCAGGUUGUAAACAACACACAGUACACAAGUUGCCAAUAUAACUAUUGCUAAAGUAUCAUGUUUUUAAAUUAAAUCGUAUUGUAGAUAUUGCCUAUUAUGCAAAAUUAAGUUUUAGCGAGGCUGUCAGAAAAUGUGUUGACCCAGGUGUUUUUUUCUUAGAUCAGAAUAAAUAGCCUUCUUUUAUUUGGCUUACACAGCAAGCAUGUCUAGCAUUGCAACUUCAAACAAU